AUGUCCGCCCUCGCCUUGGUCCUCUUGGCAUCCGCCCCCGCGGCCCUCGCCCAAACCUUCCAACGUCUCGGCGCCUGCCCCGACCUCGGCUGCGUCUUCCCGCCAGACCAAGCCAACUUCCUCCCCGGCCAGAACUUUGACAUCCGCGUCGAGGUCCACGCGCCCGUCAACGGCACCGAGGCCUUCAACGACGGCGUGCCGGACACGGAGUUCACGCUCACGAUCGCUAGCAACAGCAAGCCCGACGGCGUGCCGGUGACGGAGUUCUUCGCGCUCGACGAGCCGCAGCUGGAGACGUGGACGUUCUCGUGGUAUGAGGACCUUUUUGCCCAGGAUGCGGGGGAGAAGUCUGUUGUCAACGUCGCGUCGAAGGCGUACCGCCAUUUGUCGCUGUAUGAGCCGGGAAACUACACGGUCGAGCUGAGCUACUACAACGGCACGAAGAAGACUCUGGGGGAGUGGUUUGUGCGGCCGCUUGCCGAGGAGAAGAAGGCUAAGAAUGUGAUUUUGUUCAUUGGAGAUGGUAUGACGACGAACAUGAUCACGGCGGCGAGAUUGUUGGGUCACAAGAGUGUGAACGGGAAGUACCAGUCGAGGAUGCAGAUGGACGAGUUCCCGAUUCUCGGUCACCAGAUGACUCACUCAGUCGACAGCUUUGUCACAGACAGCGCGAACUCAGCCUCGGCGCUAUACUCCGGCCACAAGGGAACAUCAGACUCUAUGGGUGUGUACUCUGACUCAUCCGACGAUGACUUUGACGAUCCCAAGGUUGAGACCAUUGUGGAAAUGGUGACAAGAAUCUGGGGAUCCGCAUGGGGUGCAGUGACAACCGCCGCCCUCGACGACGCAACCCCGGCUGCUCUCACUGGCCACAGCCGAUCCCGCUCCAACGCCGGAUCUCUCAUCGACCAAGCGCUCAACGGCAUGACGAACUAUUCGUGGAGCACCCAUCCCGGACCAGACGUCUACUUUGGCGGCGGUGCCUCCACCUUCCUUCCAGGAUCCACCUCAUACCUGGGCAAGGAUUACUACGAAGAGUUCCGUAACCAGGGAUACUCCGUCAGCUGGAACGCGACAUCACUCAAGAAAGCACCGAUCGACACCCCUGCCUUGGGCGUGUUUUCCCUCUCCCACUUGCCCGUGUGGCUUGAUAGAAACAUCUUGACCGAUAACAUUGCUGAACUAGAGACCCACCCCUCCGGAGACGGUUCCCCGCCGCUCGACCUCCCUGGGUUGAAGGACAUGACUCUCAAGGCGCUCGACAUCCUGCUCGAGCGCAGCAACGACACCGGCUUCUUCCUCAUGUCUGAAGGUGCGUCGAUUGAUAAGCAGAUGCACGCCCUCGACUAUGACAGGGCCCUCGGCGAUCUCCUCGAGUUCGACGAUACGAUCCGUGCGACCGUGAAGAAGCUCAAGGAGGUCGGCGAGCUGGAGGAGACCCUCAUCGUCGUCACCGCAGACCACGGCCAUGGUUUCGACGUCUUCGGCGUAGCAGACACAAAGUAUCUUGCCGCCCAAGACACUGAUCGCAAGAAGCGUGACGCGAUCGGCAUUUAUGAGCGCUCUGGUCUGUCUCACUACACUGUUGAACGACCUGAUGGCAUCGAGUAUGGGACCGGUCCUAACUUCCCCUUGAACUGGAGCCCUCGUUAUGCCAUUGCGCCCGGUUUCGGAGCAAGCCCCGAUCGGAGGGAGAACUACCAACUGCACGAGUCGCCUCGUAAGGUGGUCGUCAGCGGAGAUGAUGGAUAUGUGGCUAACCCAGAGGAUGGUGAGGGUGGCUUCUUUGUUCAGGGAACGUUGCCGGUAUCUUCGUCGUCAGGCGUCCACUCAAUUACGGAUGUGCCACUCUUCGCGAUGGGUCCCUGCCAACAGACAUUCGCUGGCGUGUAUGACAACACGGAUGUCUUCUUCAAGAUUGCCUCUUGCCUUGGCCUUGGACAGUCAUCGGCUACUCCCAAGAGACAGUAA